CAACUCUGCAAGUCCUCCCGUUCUCGGAAGCAACCGUGGUUUGGGUUCAAGGCGAUCCAUGGAGUCCAGAAGUCGACCUAGCAUGAAUGAAAUGUUAUGGAUGGGACUCCUGUGUAAGUGUGUGUGAUGCGUGCGUUUGUGUAGUAGAAAGGGCCAUGUCCAUCGCUUAGCCAGUUUCUUAGCCUUCAGCUUCACUUCUGACCUUCUAACUUUAUACCCUACUAGAGUACUUGUUAGACAUAUUUACUCUGAAUGAGAGAAAUAGAUAAUAUAGCAAAACUUCUAAGAACCGUCCGCGAGCUGCAAGAGCAGGAGAAGCAGGUUGACACGGAAGUCGUCACGGAUAAGUAUGGAAGGAAGAAGGUAAUGACCAUCACCUGGGAAGAUGAGUGGGACGAUCAGAAAAGUGAUGAAGAUUCGUUUUCAUCCUCACGAAAGAAAGGCGACUUCAUUCCCCCUCCUGCAAUAAGAAAUACAUCCAUCAGCUCAACAUCACCAAAAGCUGCGCGAAGGGGGUCACUCGAGUGGUAGUCAGUGUGAAAGCACUUGUUCUAGCUGCUUGAAUCCAUUUUGGUAGUGUGAACAAGAUCUUCAAAGAUCUAGUACUGUCAUUAAUGUGCCUGAGUUGGGCAACACAAACACUGUCAUUAAUGCUGUAAAAUUGAGAUUUUUUCAAGACCGCCC